CUGAACGCAAGGCUUGUUGUAGACUGUUGAGGUUUUGGGUACUUGGAAUGAGGACUGAGGAGUGUGGCUUGUUGAUGUUAAAUAAUCAAUUUGUUUAUAUUGUUUUAAUUACUAAAAUAUCAAUUAAAAUAAAAAUGGAAAUAAACAAAUUCACCUACGUUAACACCAUGUAACCGAUAACAUAACAUUUUUUUUUUUUCAAAUUUGUGGUUGUCUGUUCAAAAUAAGGAAUACAAGAACUUCUGCAAACAAAGUUUGUAGACUGUUUACGAUAUUCAAAAUUAAUUCAUCCAAAAACUUCGAAAAUUGCCUUAAAUAAUAGAUUAAGAGGUCUCAGUCUCAGCUCCAACUUAAAUCCACCUACCUCAAGAAAUAAUAUUCGUGGGUGAAGACGCCAGUAACAAUUUUAUUUUCUGGCUUUCUUGUUCCACGUUUCACCUAUAAUGAAUGAGAGGUAAGUCAACAGAUUUGGGAGACUUAAAAUCAUGGCAGAAUGUUGCAUGCUAAAAAUAGUUUCAAUCGUAACAGGAUUCAAUCCAAAAAUAGUUCUAGGAAUUAUUUGGUUGGUUAUUUUAUUGUUAGAAUUAAGAAUGCCCUAGAGCUUUAGAUUUCAUAUUCAAAUAUCCUGAAUGAACAGUUUUAAUAGUACUGCCACAAGCCUCCUUCAAGGUUUAGGCAAAUCUACUCGCAGGGGUAUUAAAAAAUGCUUUAAAUGUGGUGUCUAUAAUGGUACAAGGGGCUCGUUUUGCAAAAACAAACAAUGUGGCAUUUCUCUCAAGUCUUUGGAUGAUCAAAAAUUCGAUUCUGAUGCUGUGAAACUAAGUACAGGCACUGUGAGGCAAGUAUAUUCAGUCCGAGUUAAGGAUAGUUUAUUAGAAUGCCGUGGUUUUGUACAGCUAUCUUUGUUACAAGACAAUGCAAAUGUGGCUCUAUGCUUUGUCGAUUCUUGCCAAAGAUCAUUUGAUAAUUCCAUAUUGAAAUGCCAUGAAGAAGGCUCGAGCAAUGUAGAAACAGAACUAUGUGACCAUAUUAAAUUAGUUUUAAAAAGCCAAACUAUAGCCAAACCAAUUAAUUUUAACAUAAACAUUCUAAGUGAACUAAAAAUAAAAAUGCCAACUGAAAUCAAAGACAAAUUAAAAGCACUGGCAUCAGAUAAUGAUAGCCCUUUAGUGCAACAAGUUUCAAGAGAUGUUAUGGCAGUUAAAUGUCAAGUAACCCCAAAACAACCUUUAGGGUAUCUACAUUUUACUUUUGUGAAAGGACGAAGUAAGAGUUAUGAAAAGUGUUAUUGUAGUUGUACAGAAUAUCAUAUCUCAGUGUCUCAUGAUAAGUCAACAACCAUCAAAUACAAAUGCAUACACUAUUAUGCCUGUAUUGCCGCCCUUUCAAGUGACCAAAAAUAUAUGGAGGAGUUUUCUUAUUUUAUAAAUGGUGAAAUUAAUUCUCAAAAUAAAAUUAAUAUUUUGUCAAUGCCUAAAGUAGCAAGGGAAAUUACUCCGGUGGAUGUUAAGAGAAAUAAAAUAAUGAUUAUGAAAAAUCAGUUAAUUAAAAAACCUAAAAUACUAAAAAAGGAAGUUCCAAAAUCAACUGUGAAGAAACAAAAAUACAUUAUAAAAAGAUGCAAAAAAAUUGUACCAAAAAUCUACCCAAUAGAAAUAAAAGUACUUAAUGAGGCUUCACUAACGAAAAAUGCAGAUAAUGGUGUAAACUGGACUUUUUUGGAUUGGUUAGCCUUUGUCACUGAAUCCAUAAACAAAACCAUGCAAUUCAUCAACUGUGGAAUAAUUAAUACACAAGUUUUUUAUAUUCCCAAGCUAUUUUUCUUGUCGUUUAAAGAUAGAAUACCAGAGAAUUAUGUGGAACAGAAAACUGAUAUUGGCUCAGUGUUUUAUAGAAUCAUGAAUGUCAAUCAAGUUAAAGAAAUAUUUGACACUCCAAAAGUAAAACUACGUAUAGCUAAAAAAUUUAUACACAAUGAACUAAAUGGCUUUAUUGAAUAUGAUGAAAGUAGUAGCGAAGAAUCCAAUACCCAGUAUCACUCUUCAUUUAUAUUCUUUUUGAAUGUAGGACAAUCUACAGUAGAUGAAAGCGAUAAUUUCAAUAAUGCUUUUAUUAUUGAAUGGCUUCCAAAUAUUUGCAGUGUUACUGAAAUUGGACAGCUGAAAGUUCAGUACAAAUAUGGAAAAAAAAGUAUCUAAAUUACCGAAUAAAGAAAAGUUCAAGACUAUUUGUUUUUAUUAAGUGUUCUUCAGGGAUAAUUGCGCUUAUUAUUUAAGAUAGGGUUGGCAAAUAUGACUGGUUCUGAAUUAGAAACCUCUGAUAGAUACCUAUGUACUAUGUACCUAAUGCUCUGCUUCAUUUUUGAAGUUUUUAAGAAAUAUAUUUUCCCUUCUACUUGUAGCCCUUGCUUGGACCCUGACAUUACUAUUUCCUCUGAGAGGUACCACAAAUAAUUCUCUCAAAUUACACGAUAAGCUCUUGCAGGCCGUUUUUGUGUUUCUAUUGUCAAGUGCUUCAAAUAUCCUCAAUGUGUAUCUCCUCCAUUUUUUAUUUUCCGCAUAAUGAUGUCUUGGAAGCAUAUUAUUAUUAUUAUUAGGUAUGUGUUCCAGUAGUAGGCGGAUUCCAAAUCCGAUGAGACUACUGAGUCUGUUGUACUACGUGUGUCACUGUUUAGUAUUUUCAAUAAUCACAUUUUGAUUGGUCAUGCAGAGUAAUGCACAAACAUAUUGUUCCAGUCUUCGAUAUCUUUAUCAAGGCGAUUUUUGAACUGGUUCUUUGUUGUUGAGUUUACGGUGUCGCUACUCAAAGAGUUUCAAUGAUACAUCACCCUGUUGGACAAGAAGUUCCGUCUAAGCAUUUUGUUGCACUUUUCUUUGGAUAUCUUUUUGUUGUGACCUCUCAAUCUUUGAUUAUUGGGGAGUAGGUAUAUAUUGGUUAAGUUGCAGGCAUAAUAUCCAUUGACAAUUUUGAAUGUCUCGAUAAGAUCUCCUCUAGUUCUGUGGUCCUUCAGUGUGGUCAGGUUUAAUUGAGUUAGUCUGAUUUCAUACGGCAGUUCUUUAAGUUCACUAGGAAUUGUAGUAAUUCGCCGUUGAACUCGCUCAAGUUGUUCAAUGUCCUUCUCAUAGUAAGGGUUCCAGAUGGAUUGGGCGUACUCAAGUUUUAAUCGAAUGUAGGACUUAUACAAUUUCAAAAUCAUCUCUUUAGAGUGGUCUUUGACUGCUGUUUGGAUGAGAUAUGUCAUUGGAUUUGUGUUGGUAAUGUGAGUAUCCCAUUUUAGGUCUGCCGUCACUGUGAUUCCAAGGUCUUUCUGUUUUGCAACAGUUGCUAUUGCUGUUUUUUGUAGAAAAUAGCUAUGACUUGGGUUAUUCUGACCGAUAAUUAGUCUAGUAUAUUUGGAAUCAUUAAGUGGCAUACCCCACUUUGUUGUCCAUUCUUUUAUUCUGACCAGAUUUUGCUGUAGAUCAUUAUGUUGUGAUAGUGGGUUACUAUAUAGGUUACUAUCAUCCUCAAAUGAUGCAUUUUUUGUUGUAAGUCGCUGGUACAGAUCGCUCAAGUACGCUAUAAAUGAAAGGAGACCGAGAACUGAGCCUUGGCAACUCCGCUGUGUACCUGGUGCUCCUGCGACAGGCUAGUACCAAUUCGUACCUGGCAAGUACGGCUAGGCAAAAAAUCUUCACCGAUUAGCCGAAGCAAAUCACCCCUAACUCCAAAAUGCUGAAUUUUGUAUUUAAUGUAUUCGAUUGGUAUUUUGUCAAACGCCUUUUCGAAGUCAAGGUAGACCACGUCUAUUGGUUCCCGGUUGUCAUCAGCUAGUGUCCAGUUGUUUAGCCUGAUUAGAAGGUUAAUGAAUGUGGAUUUAUUUGGAAGAAAGCCAUGCUGCUGUGAAGGAAUGAUCCUUGUUACCAAAUGAUGAUUUUUGCCAUGCACUUACACAACAUGCUGGUUAAACUAAUUGGCCUGUAGUUUUCUGGUAAUUGUUUAUUUCUUUUUUAAAAUAUUGGUGUGACAAUGGCUCUUUUCCAGGCUUCUGGAAAUUCCCCAGUUGUAGAUACUUUUUAUAUAAAUACUUCUUGGGUUAUAUUUGACACGUUUUUGCCUGUCUUUAUUGUAUUAUUGUUAAUCAUUGUUUUCACUUGAAAAAAAAAAAACUGUUAGGAUGAUGGUAAAACAAGGUACUAUAAGAUGACAAUCUUUUCAAUGCUUCCUGUCCUAUAUUAUGUUUCAUACCAAAUCUAGAAACCAAAAUACACUGUCCAAGGUUUUUGAUAUGUAUGUAUUCUCUUCUAUUAUUAUUCAUAGUAUCUAGUUCUAAUAAGGCGCCAAUCCGUUAUACCAUAUAGGGAUCAAAUAUCUGAUUGAUUAAACUCAAAAGAGUUUGUACUAGCUUCCGGACUAUAAACAAAUCUAAUGCAAACAUACUCGUUAUCUCUGAACUCAAACGCAUUUGAAAAUCCUUAUCAGCCAUUUAAUUCCUGAACAUUUCUGCCUACAUUUUAAUUUGGCCCGCAUUUGUCUAACUGAGUCACUGAUCUUUGAACCUCUUGAUUAAAUAUUAUUCUUAUGUUCAUUAUUCAGUUGGAUGCUGCAAACCACGCAAUUAUUAAAGUACUAGUUGAGCUAUGACGACCAACCUUGAUUGUUUAAGUGAAAAUGCUCGCAUAUUCGCAAACGAAGUGCUUAAUGAAACUGACGAAAAUCGGAGUGUUUGUUUGGAAGAUAUUAGACAAUGGUUGAGGAAUGAAGUUCCAUGGAUAAGGGCUAGAACUGAGGAUAAAUAUUUACUUCCCUUUUUAAGAGGAUGUAAGUUUAACUUACCUAAAACCAAACAGAAAUUAACCAAUUAUUAUGAAAUGAAAAAAGAACGUCCAGAAUGGUUUAAAAAUCGAAACCCAUUAGACCCAAUAACUCAAGAACUAAUCAAAAGAGGUAUUUUUGUCCCUCUAAAACAACCUCAUGACAAUAAAAUGGUUAUAAUAAUAAGGACGGCAGCACAUGAUCCAAAAAGGCAUAAAUGGGACGAUGUUUUCAAAGCAGGUAAAAUGAUUCUAGAUGUAGCUUGCCAGGAAAACAUCAAUGCUCAAAUCUAUGGAGUCAUAGCGAUCUUUGAUAUGACUGACAUGGGAUUUGGACACUAUAGAUUCAUGACGCCUGCUUUAAUUAAAAAAGUUGUAUUUGCUUGGCAAAACUAUCAUGUACGACCUAAACAAUUAGAAUUUAUCAAUUCACCAACAUACAUAAAUCUAGCUUUAAAUGUUUUCAAAAGUUUUAUGACAGAAAAAAUGAAAAGUAGAGUUAAGGUGCAUUUUGGUGGAGUAAGUAAAGCACAAACUAUUGUUUCUAGAGAUAUUUUGCCGUUGGAAUAUGGAGGAGGCUGUGAGACAUUUGAAAGUUUAGGAGAGUUUUGGUUUGAGAAGUUGUUGGAGUAUCGUGAAUGGUUUGCUGAGGAUGAACUUUAUAAAGCUCAAUAAAGAAAUUUGAUAGAAAACGAGUUGAAAAUAAUUAAUAUCGCGGUAAUCAAAAAUCAUUUAUUCAAUUGCGAAAGAUAACAAGUUUUAAUUUUAAAUCGGAACAUCAAUAAAUACCUAUUGUUCAUAUGAGCAUUCACCUGCUAGCGAAAAAUAAAUUAUUUACUUAUUUUUAAACAAACAGUUUUAGUGCAGGAGCUCUUGGUAUUAUUUUAUAUUGAUUUUGAGUUUUAUAAGGUCUUGAUGAUAUAAUUAUAAAUGUGAUAGUUGUAAAAAAAAUUUAACCACUUUUUUUUUCAAAAUAAUUUAUCAUUUCAAGCAAAAAAUUUCAAAUGUAUUUUUUGUCAUGAAUUUGCUAUUUUAGGAUUUUUAGAAUAGUUUCAGGAGAAGUUGACAAGGGUCAUUAAUGCCAGUACUUACAUUGUAAUCUACUUAAACAGUUGAAAAUAAACAAAUUUGAAAAUCUUAAGUUAUAUAACAUUUAGCAUUAAUACUGCCUAGGAUAGAACAAUGAUGCUACAUAUUUAUUGUUAAAAAAGCAUAAUUUUAUUGUAAUCUGGUUAUUAGUUCCAAAAAUUAUAAUUUAAACAAAUACUU